AUGAUUCGGGCAGGCGCCGCAAGAGCGCUGUAUGCAGCCACAAGGACACAGGUUUCCCGACAGUUACCUGCUUUCCGAUCUCGAAUCUCUACCUCCCUGCUACAGUCAUCACGAGUUACUCCCUCCUUCGUUAUUCCAAGCAUACGAUACUACUCAGCGCCUGCCGGCCUGUCGAAAGAGGAGGUGCAAGGAAGGAUAAUGGAUCUCUUGAAGAACUUUGACAAAGUGCGCAUCUACAUCUUGUUGUGCGGCACGGCACACUUUCAGAAUGAUCUUGGGUUGGACAGCUUGGAUACCGUCGAGGUCGUGAUGGCCAUUGAAGAAGAGUUCAGCAUUGAGAUUCCGGACAAGGAGGCUGAUGCGAUUCACAGUGUCGACCAAGCAAUCACUUACAUUUGCGCCCAACCUGACGCACACUGA